AGGUCAUAUUCAAUUAAUAAGCUAAGAUUCUAAACGAAUUGAAUUAAUUUUGUUUUGUUUUUUAACAGUUCGAGUAUCAACUGUCGCGUUUCCCUGUGCUUAAAGAUGGGAAAAUGUUGUUUCCGUGUUGUUUGGUUAAAGCAAGUGGAUUCCAGUGGAUGCACGGUAUCGGAUUGGGCCAAGAAACAUUCAGAAACGGAAGUGUUCUGCAAAAUCUGUAGAAAAUCAUUUUCGAUUACGAAAGGAUUCCAGGCCAUCGAUCAACAUGCGAGGUCCGCAAAACAUAGAGAUGCAUGGAUCGCUCAACACGGUGCUAACCAAAUGCAUCUAACCGUAGAGCAAGAAGCGGGGUCCUCUGGAACAGUUCCGAACAAAAAACUUCAAUUAUUCAGCGCUCGAGAAAACUCCGCUAAAGCUGAAAUAUUGUGGCUUUUGAAAUGCAUUGCAGCCGAUUUCCCAGUAUCGUCGUGUGACGGAAUUCGAGAGACGUUCUGCGAAAUGUUUCCCGGAGGAGUGCCUAGUGAUUUCUCGCUUGGAAGAUGUAAAGCUCGAUACGUGAUCACUGACGCACUGGCACCAUACUUUCGUGAGCAGCAGCUAAUAGAAAUUCGCAGCUCUCACUACACCCUUUGCUACGAUGAAACAACGAAUGCCGCCGGAAAGAAGGAGCUACAGAUUUUGCUACGAUACUGGUCACAAAAACAAUCCCGAGUCGUCAUUAUGUAUCUCGAGACAUUCUUCAUCGGAUCAGCAAAAGCGGAAGAUGUGCUGCAGAAACUUAACGACGCCUUGCAGAACGCUUCAUUACCACGUAGUAAUAUGAUCAUGUUAGGAAGUGACGGUCCAAAUGUAAACAAGAAAAUCGAACGUCUUAUGAACGAGCAAUUGAUCGAGGAAAGAGGAAAAUCUUUACUCUCUGUGGGAACUUGCAACAUCCAUAUACUUCAUAAUGGAUAUCUCAAAGGACUAGAGGAACUAGGAGAAGAUGCUUCAGAUCUGAUUGUGUCUGUUUAUCACUUUUUCAAAGGCUGGCCGGCCAGAUGCGAAGACUACGAAAAAAUUCAGUCAGAGGUUGGUGUGCCAACCCACAGGUUCAUUAAGCAUGUAUCAUCCAGGUGGCUGACUAUGGAGCAAGCUGCGGAAAGAGUAAUCGAACAGUGGCCUGCUGUAACAAAAUACUUCACGGACUUUAUUCCAAAGAAGCGUGCUUCGUUAGCUAAGAAAGCUAACUAUUUGAAAAUCCGCAAAUUCAUCUCAAACUCGACAAUGAAAGCUGAGUUACUGUUCGUUACAGAAAGCGCAAGAAUCUUCACAAAGUUUACAGGUAUGUUCCAAAGGGAAGAACCGUUAAUCCAUGUUAUGUAUAAAGAGCUCGAAACGCUUGUUCGAACACUCGUCGGAAGGGUGUGUAAGCCAGACGCUUAUAAAUCGAAUAGUAUUCCGGAUGAAGCAGUUUUCAAUGCCGAAAAUUUGCUGCCAUCAGAAGUAAUUGUGAUAGGGACGGAAAUAUCAGAUCAGUUAGCGCCGUUGAAGGAACUUGAUAGAAUUAACUUCCUAUUGAACGCCAACGAAAAAGCCAAGGUGUUCGAACGGAUGGUGAACCGUCGACUUAAGAUGUUCCUUGAGACCAACAGCUUGCUCAACCACCAACAACACGCCUUUCGACAAGGUUUCGGUACGUCUACGUACUUUGCCUCCUUGGGGGACAUCCUCAAGGAAGCCUACGACCAGGAACACCACGCGGCAAUCAUCUCAUUGGACAUCUCCAAGGCCUUCAAUCGGACGUGGGCGCUAGCUGUCCUGAGAAAACUUGCAAACUGGGGCUUGAAGGGGCACAUGAUGUCUUUCAUACGAAACUUCCUGACCGACCGGUCAUUCCGUGGUCAAGAAGUUUCAGCGAUGAGACCGGGGUUCCUCAAGGCUCUGUUAUCGCUGUUUCUGAUCCGAACCCUACGGCAAGCGCAAGCGGCAGUCUCUGCCGUUGUUAAAUGGACCGACUCGAUGGGCUUCCAGCUGUCCACCAGGAAGAGCAUCCGAAGCCUCGUAUGCCCGUCUCAUCAUCGAGUCAAUAGCACCCCAGUUACGAUCCACGACCAAGCCAUUCCGACCAGGAAAACAGUUCGCGUCCUCGGCGUACUGAUCGACCGAACGCUUUCCUUCGACCAGCAUUUCCAACAGCAGACGCUGCAUGCGUCGAAGCGGGUCUUCUUCCUUUCCGGCACUGCUUAA